AUGGAAUCUUCCAUAAAAUCCUCGGUGGGCCCACUCCCCAACCCGCUCCUUUCCCUUUCCAGUUUCAUCCGCGGUCUUCGCACUCAACUCACCAAUCGACUCGACGACACCAGGCGGCUCGCCGCCGCUUCUUUCCCCGCCUUUCUGCAACCGACGCCGCCGAUAUUGUUGCCUUUUGCCUCCGUGUCGCAGCGCCAUGGCAAGCCGACUGCCACCGCGUCUGAAGCUUCGCUUAGCAUGGAACAUGUCGCGAGGAGGCUCAUCGGAACUUCAGUGUACACCGUGAGCAACACUAAUAAUGAGUUCGUGCUGAUAUCUGAUCCAGAUGGGGCUAAGUCUAUUGGUCUGCUUUGUUUUCGCAAAGAAGAUGCCGAAACUUUUCUUGCUCAGGUGAGGUUAAGAAAAGGAGAGCUUAGAGGUGGUGCCAAAGUGGUGCCAAUAACUCUUGACCAGGUUUACAUGUUGAAAGUUGAAGGGAUAGCAUUUCGUUUUUUACCUGAUCCAGUUCAAAUAAAGAAUGCAUUGGAGAUACGAGCAUCAGAUGCUGUGAAUGGAUUUGAUGGAGUUCCUAUUUUUCAGUCGGACCUAUUGGUUGUGAAGAAGAAAAACAAGCGGUAUUGCCCCAUAUAUUUUCAGAAGGAAGAUAUAGAGAAAGCACUUGCAGCUGUGUCAAGGGUUUCGAGGGGACCUGGUGUUUCUCAACACAUUAUGGUCGGAAGUCUAGAGGAUGUUCUCAAGAAAAUGGAGAUAAGUGAAAAGAACUCAGGCUGGGAAGACUUGAUUUUCGUUCCACCCGGUAAAAGCCAUUCUCAACACAUUCAAGAGGUCACGAACGAUAUCGAAUUUUGA